AUGGAGACUGAAACCAUAAAGGAAGUUGGCAAAAUAUGUAUCCCGGGAAUGAGAUUAAGUUCAUCAGACAAAGGACAUUUAUCCGGACCAGGAACUUAUGAAUUAAAAGGUUACAUCUAUUCAAUGUUGACUGGAGUCUUAAAAACCGAAGAAGAUGAAGAAAGGAAGGCUACAAAAAUAUGCGUGGUUAGUCCAAGGACACCAAGUGUAUUGCCAGUAACAGGGGAUAUUGUAACAGCUAAAGUAACUGUAGUUAAUUCAAGACAAGUCAAUUGUAUCAUACUCUGCGUAGGUCCAUCGCCACUGGUCAGGCCUUAUAGAGGAAUACUAAAAAAGGAAGAUAUAAAAUUCACAGAUAAAGAUAGAAUAGAUCCAUAUAAAUGUUUCAGACCUGGUGACAUCAUAUUAGCAAGAGUUUUGCCCAUGACUGAAAUACAUUGGUAUCAUCUGUCUACUGCUGAAAAUGAACUUGGAGUGGUGAUAGCAACUGCCGAAGGUUCGCCUCAAGGAAUAAGUAUGGUGCCCAUAAGCUGGUCGGAAAUGCAAUGUCCGAAAACUCUGGCUAAAGAACCUAGAAAAGUGGCCAGAGUUAUACCGGAAAAUAUAAAUCAAGCUCUAUUUCCAGUGGAUUCAAAGGAACCACAGAAACAAAAUGGUGUCGGAAAUAAAUAG